AUGCUGCUCUCCGUGCUGUGGCCCCGCGCGCACUGGCCCGUCCGCUGCCUCCUCCGUGACCCUCAGUGUCACCCACGGUGGCUCCUUGGGCACAAGAGGGCUGGCUGUGCCCGCAGGGGCCUGCAAACCACGUGGACGGCCUGUAGUGUCACCCCUGUUUUCACCAGGGCUUUGGCUUUUGGUGAUAAAAUUGCCAUCGUGGACCAGAAUGGUGAGCACACGUACAGGGACCUUUACAGCCGGAGCCUGCGCUUGUCCCAGGAGAUCUGUAGAGUCCUCAAGUGCUCCGACAGGGACUUGAAGGAAGAGAGGAUCUCGUUUUUGUGUCCCAAUGACUCCUCGUACGUGGUUGCCCAGUGGGCCUCGUGGAUGAGCGGGGCCAUAGCAGUGCCCCUGUACAAGAAGCACCCUGCGCAGGAGCUGGAGUAUGUGAUCCAGGACUCGCAGAGCGCUCUGCUCCUCGUGGCAGAGGAAUACCUGGAGAAAAUGGCCCCUAGUGCUGCCAAGCUGGGAGUGCCGGUUUUGCCGCUCCUUAGAUCUCGGAGCGAUGGAUCCGCAAGCCGCGGAGAGCUGGAAGAGCUGCCCUUACCCAGCUCCGCGUGGAGAGGCAGAGGGGCCAUGAUCAUCUACACCAGCGGGACAACAGGGAGGCCCAAGGGUGUCCUCAGCACCCACGAGAACGUGCAGGCCGUGACAACAGGGCUGGUUGACAAGUGGGAGUGGAAGAAGGAAGAUGUUAUUCUGCACGUGCUGCCUUUACAUCAUGUCCAUGGGGUGAUCAAUAAGCUGCUCUGUCCUCUCUGGGUGGGAGCGACAUGCAUCAUGUUACCCGAAUUCAGUGCACAGAUGGUUUGGAAGAAGUUCUUAAACUCCCAAGAGCCUCGUGUCAAUGUCUUCAUGGCAGUACCCACUAUUUAUGCCAAACUGAUUGAGUAUUAUGACAAACAUUUCUCUCAACCACAAGUCCAGGAUUUUGUGCGUGCCUAUUGCCAGGACAACAUCAGGUUAAUGGUGUCAGGCUCAGCCGCCCUGCCUGUGCCUGUCCUGGAGAAGUGGAAGAACAUCACUGGGCACACAUUGCUGGAGAGGUACGGGAUGACUGAGAUUGGGAUGGCACUUUCUAACCCUUUGCAUGGAGACCGUGUGCCAGGUUCCGUGGGGACCCCGCUGCCAGGGGUGGAGGUGCGCAUUGCCACGGAGACCUUGAAGAGCGGCCUGCAUUCCUACACCAUCCAUUCCCAGGGAGAUGAGAACGGCACGCAGGUGACACCGGGCCUGGAAGGCCAAGAAGGGGAGCUCCUUGUUAAGGGGCCCUCGGUGUUCCGCGAAUACUGGAACAGACCCAAGGAGACGAAAGACGCUUUCACACCCGACGGCUGGUUCAAAACAGGGGACACGGCAGCCUACAGAGACGGCGUCUACUGGAUCAGGGGCCGCACGUCAGUCGACAUCAUCAAGAACGGCGGCUUCAAAGUCAGCGCCCUGGAAGUGGAGCGGCAGCUGCUCGCGCACCCGCACAUCACAGAUGUGGCCGUGAUCGGGCCCCCGGACGUGGUGUGGGGGCAGCGGGUGAGCGCCGUGGUGCAGCUGCGCGAGGGGGAGAUGCUGUCGGUGAAGGAGCUCAAGGCCUGGGCCAGAGGGAGCAUGGCACCCUACGCCAUCCCCACGGAGCUCGUCGUGGUGGAGGAGAUCCCGCGCAACCAGAUGGGCAAGGUCAACAAGAAGGAGCUUCUGCAGCGCUUCUACCCGGGCUAG